AUGUCUACUUCCAACUACGAAGAGUUCGCCAUAACACCGGCAAACAACGCCAACAACACCGAGAUUAUCCCCCGGUCCCUCCCUCCCAAGGGUGGCCGCAGUCACACUCACGACGAGUUCCUCCGCCGCGAUGAUGUCCGUGGAGAGGACGAAGACAUUCUCGUCGAGGAGGAGCGCCUGAACGGUGUGCAAAUCUCCACUUACCGCCGUAUCCGACGCCAGCUCCGCGAGCCUCUCGCCGAGUUCCUUGGAUGUGUCGUUUUCAUCACCUUUGGUGACGGUUCCGUUGCUCAGAAGAUGCUUUCCAACUCGGCCGCUGGUAACGAGAUGUCGAUCAACUUGUCCUUCGGUAUCGGUGUCAUGAUUGGUUUCCUUGUUUCCGUCGCCGGCGGUGCUGCCGGUCACUUGAACCCUGCCAUCACCCUCGCGAACUGCAUUUUCCGCAAGUUCCCGUGGCGCAAGCUUCCCAUGUACUUCCUCUGCCAGUUCCUCGGAUGCGGCUUUGGCGGUGCUAUCGUCUAUGGUACUUACCGUACUUCGCUCAACAACUUUGAUGGUGGAAUCCGUGCUGUUAUUGGAGACACCGCGACUGCCGGAAUCUACUGCACCUACCCCCAGUCCUUCCUCGACGAGGCUGCGAAGAUCAUGUCUGAGUUUGGCGGAUCUGCCUUCCUUGCCAUCUCUGUCAACGCUAUUGCUGUCCAGACUUCUACUCGCCGUGAUCCUAACCUUCCCGUCGAAUGGAACCUCAUCCGUGGAAUCUCGCUCUUCCUCGCUGUCUAUGUCAUUGGUGCCUCGCUCGGAUGGCAGACUGGUUAUGCUAUCAACCCUGCUCGUGAUUUCGGUCCGAGAAUGGCCUCUUACGCUGCCGGAUACGGUCGUGAGGUCUUCACCGCUUACAACAACUACGCCUGGAUUCCCGUCAUCAUUCCCUUCUUGGGCGCCAUCGCCGGCCAGGGUAUCUUUGACUUCAUGGUUAUCGAGAACGAUGAGGAGAGCUUUGUCACUAGCCCUGCUAUUGCCGUCCGAGAGGUGAAGCGUCUGGUUAGAGGAUCGCCUGCCUCGAGCGUGGACACCGAAAAGUCUGGCUAG